AUGAAGCCGCAUCACAACAACAAUGAUAUUCAAGAUGAUGUGAUGCCGCAGACAAGCACAAAUGGCAGGCGUGAUGAAGACAGCACUUCGCAAUCCGACAAAUCUGGACCUGCAGUAACGGAACCAGCAGCACGGCUCUCAGGAAAUCCCCAAGACAUUAUCUGUGGACGUGGUCUUCACAUCAUGAGUCACCUUGGAAACAUCAGGUUGCACAGUAUUGUCAAUAGACAUCGUCAGACCUACCAAGUAGCGUCCCGUCGAGAAAAGGCUGCUCUAGCACAGCGCAUAGUCGACGAGAUCAAGAGUACCGGAUCAAGAUUCAUCCGUCGUGCAGGGGAUGGUAGGGAUGAUGAAUGGAUAGAAGUGGACAACGAGACCGCCUACAAAAAGGUUGGACACGCUUUGCGUCUCAGAAAGACAUUUCCACAACAAAAAAGCCCCCAAGCACGACCGGUACAAGAAAUCCCACAACACCAAGAUUCGAAUAUUGGCUUAUCAAAUGGUACAAUGUCGACAGCCUUGCAGCAGGUCAUUGGCAUGACGGUAGCAGUCCCACAUAAUGUUACGGUACAUCAUCCAUUUACGCAGCCUGCUUUCUCUGCACCUGAUUCAUGGCACCCGCUGCUACGGAAUCAGUUGAAUCCCAUUGGACCAAUGCUGGGAUUGCAACAUCAGCCACAAAUGCCAUCUCCACCUGCCGUCAAUGAAUAUGUAGGAUGGACAAGAAAGUUGUUGCCAGAGUUUGGUUUUGAUGCAACGACGAUCGUCGAACCGCACCUUACCAAUGUCUUGUCUAGAUCAACGUGCACCUUGACAGAUGCCUUCAUCUAG